AUGGGUUCGUUCACACUCAACACAUUCCCUGGCAAGCUCUCCCUAACGCAAGAACCCCCCAUCAACUAUCAGAUGCAUAUCAAGCCCAUGGACUGGAGCACAAAUACCGACAUAACCACUUGCGCACCCCAUGAGCCAAACCCACUCCGUCGCUCCCGAUGCGAAGGUGACUCCCUCGCAUACGACGCCUUCUGGGCCUCACGCCAUCCGUGGGAUCUAGUGGACUACUACCUCUUUCUCAUCUUGAUCGAAAAGAAACUCCAGCACCGCGAGAUUCGGCUCUCCCGCAGCUGGGUCAUUGAAAGUGAUGGGUCUCGAUGUGAGAACUUUGGCCGGAUCAUUGACUCAGAUGACCAGAUGUGUCAGGUUGGGUGGGUUGAUCCAAUCGUUAUCUUCACUUCACUUCCUGUGCCGCAUGCGGUGGGAUUUGAAAAUCGGCGGAUUGCGCUGGGGAUGAAUUUGAGAAGUCAGAGCCUGGUGGGAUAUCUGUUGGAUUCUGCGCCGGAAGAUAUCACUGAGGUGGUGUUGUCGCCGGCGUGGGAAGAUAGAGAAGUCCUGAUCGAUUUGCCGCUGCAAAGAUUUGUGGAUAUUCUUGGUCAUAGUGUUGAGCCGGGUCAGAAGCCAGGUGAGAUCCUCAGAGAAGGAUUACUCAAUUACUUCCGCGAGUCUUCGCGGAGAUUGCAUGCGGGGAUGGAUCUGGUGAUUGUGAUCCAAUUCAUUCAAUUCCUUCGCGAUGCUUUCUUCGGAGGCCAGAUGAGCGCUGGCAUAGACUACAAUGCCACGACAGAGUGUCUGUCGUAUCUGGUCGAACAGGAAGAACAUUUGAGAGACAUUCUCUGUCGAGAGUCCAACCGCGCCUGGAUGGGUGCGCAUACAGGCGUCACAGUGAACGAUCUCCACCGGCGCGGACAGACACCGAGCGAGCCCUUGUAUGAUCUCUUCGUGGAUCAGGUCGUUGCAUCGCCUAUUGUCAAUGAAUUUUCUUUCGGGGCAGCUCGGAUGCUGCCCGUCCAAGAUACUUCGGCUGUUCUCAAGUCUCAGAUCCGUGUCACUACUACGUCGUGGUUUGACUCCACCGAUAUGAUCUCGCUGAACGAAGACACCGUCAGUGAGUGCGACAGCACUCGACAAUUGACUUCGAAUAUUGUGGUUUUGCUGGGUCUGUUUUGCUCAGAGUGUACGUGGAUGAUGGGAAGUGAGAGAUGGGAAAGCUAA